UAUUUGGCAUAUUUAGGUUAAAGGUUGUUAUUGAAACAUAAAAAUAAAAAAUGAUGAAAGAACCUGAGAAGAUCAUAAAAAAACAACACAUAAAUGGAUAACUUAAAUAUUAAGUGAAAUGGAAAGGAUUUGAUGAAACUACUUGGGAAGUAGAAGAUAAUGUAAAAAAGUACAAAGAGUUAAUUGAAGAUUUCAAUUAUUUUUGUUUAACAGGAGAAAGAUAUGAUGAUAAGAAACUUGACGAAAUAAGAUAAAUAACAGCAUAAGCUUAACCUAGAACAGCAAUAAAAAGAGUAGCUGGACCAAGACCUCCUGAUCCAAAUAAAAAAGAUAAGAAAGCAGAAAAAGUAGAUUAAAAGCAUUCUGAAAUAAGUGAAACAUUAUCUUAGAGUCAAAUUGAGAAUGGAAAUGCUACUAAUAUUCAAAGUGUACCAAUAAAUAAUAAUAAUCAUCAUGUUAAUAAUGAAAGUUUAACCUCCAAUAUCUCUAAUUAAAUUAAUGUAGUUUCAAAUCUAUAAACAGCAUUAAUUGUGAAUAUGCAUUAAUAGAAUCAUAAAACUGGUAGCAUAAUCUCAUAAAAAUAAUAGGAAUUAACUUAGUAAAUAAUUAAUGAUUAUAUAUUAGAAAAGUAACAUAACAUUAUGCAAAUUAAGAGGAUAAAUUAGCGAUGAUUAAAUUAUAAAUAACAGAAGAUAAUUGUGUUUUUUAAUUGUAAUGGAAAUAGAGAUCUGAUGGCAUAACACCACUUCCAGAAUUUUAUAGUUAUGAAUAAUUUAAAUUGCAAGCACCUUUAUUUUUUAUUAAAUUUAUAGAGACUUGUUUAUUAGAAUGUUAGAGUAGUGAUAGCGAUAUUAAGUAUUCAAUUAUAAAUUAUUUUAGAUUUGAGAUUGCAGGUAAAGAUUUAUUUGAAAAAACAACAUUAAUAAAAAGUGCAUUAUAAAAAAGAGAAGAAGGUGAUAAAAAGAAAAGUGCAUAACCGUUAUUGAUAUCAUGA